CAACAGAUAUCAGCAUCAGAGAUUUGGAAGAGGCGGGUCCCUCUGGUGUUCGACCUGCUCUGCAAGCGCCAGAAGACACCUCCUCGGACUCCGAUGUCGUGCCUCUAUUGCGUUAUGAUAGUGACGACGAAGACUCAGCUGUCAACGUAGAGCGCCUUCGCAUCACCGCCGCGGGGCGAAAAAUUAUUCCUCAAACCUCUCCGACGCGGCCUCCAGCGGUGUUCGAGGGGCUUCUGGUGAAAUACUUGAAGCUCUGGUGUUCUGUUCAACGGGUGAGGAGUUUCAGGAUAAUUCUGCCCAAUUGUUUCGAACCCACCGGUUCAAAGCGGUAUACUUUAAAGAACGACGUGCGCUUAAUGGUGACCAACCAGGUGGCCCCAGGGGGUCUUAGAGAA